AUGGCUGAGAUUUCAACUCCGCGAACUUACACUCGCCCAGCCUGUGAACAUAAAUCUGUCUUUACUUAUUUAGAAUUGGGGCUUCCUAACCCUUCAGCGCCUAAAGAUGUGAAUCCCGGAGGCAGAACCUCUUCUGGCAGUGGAAGGAAAGGAAAACACCAGCAGAGUUCCCCUCAAGCCCCUUUCCUGGACUGCAACCUGUGUGGGAAGGUGUUCAGUAGCACCAGUUCUCUCAGCAAACAUUAUGUGACUCACAGCCAGGAGCGAAAACACGUCUGUAAGAUCUGCAGCAAAGCAUUUAAGCGGCAAGACCACCUGAGCGGCCAUAUGCUAACGCACCAAAAAACCAAGCCGUUCCUUUGCAUAGAACAAGGCUGCAGCAAGAGUUAUUCUGACUAUCGCUCAUUGCGCCGGCAUUACGAAAUGCACCACAGCUUCAGGUUGUUGAAGGAUGACGAGGGAUGCGAGAGCUCGCUGCCUGCACACAAUUCCCGGGAUCCGCCUAGCAGUACGAGAGCUGCUGAAAGAGUUGCCUUUCACCCCGACCCUCAAGUCCCUAAUAAUUCCCUCCUGCCCAACAGAGAUUUGCUGAGGUGUAUCGUGAACAGUUUAGUCAGCCAGAAGCUUCCAUUGGCUCCGUCACCGUCUGAAUCUGACUCCAAGGGUUCCUUGCAGCCAUCCAUUUCUGAAUGCGGCCAGAUUUCUUGCACCUCCACAAAUGCCGCUGCAUCUACUAAACUCACUGGCGAUAAAGCCACGAAGGAUAUUUAUUGUCAAAAGAACACAGUUUCUUCCAGUGUGUAUAACUUUAUAAAUCCUGGGAACUUGCCUGUCCUUGGAUCUGCAGAAAACAGUGCAAAUGUGCCGGACCAGCAGCCUCGUCCAGAGCCCCAGUGCCCUUUAGAAAACACAGCCCUGGAGUAUUGGGCAGACGGCGGCGUUCCUCGAUUUCCAUUGUUCAGAGGACAGAAGAUUCCUACAACCGCUCAACAGCCAAGCAGCAGUUUCCAAUGGGCCAGAAACGUGCCCCCCACCUGCACCAAAAGCAAAGGAAACAGCUCUUAUGUGGCUCAGACGUCGCCUGUUGCAGCCCAGGAUGUUUCUCAAGGGCUGGCGGGACCCUCUCAGACACCAACCUUUGAGCAGCCCUUCACUCCUUCACUCUUAAAGACACAAGGGGAGAUCCCUGGGGAGCCAAAGCUCCAUUGCUUCGAAGAGGUCUUCAGGCCAGCAGCUAGGUUCCCGGAAGCCCAGAAGCCGAGCCUGCUGCAGAAGGGUGAAGCCGGGCCCCUCUUCAGGCAGCUCUUCAUGAAAUCCCAGGAAUCCUCUGUCAGCCAGGAUCAGCUGCAAGUCCAGGGCCACCUCUUCCAGAGGAUCACCAAAUCGCAGCACAUCCUAUCCCACACUCAGCUGGUGUCUUCGCCGCAGGCGUCCGCUUCCGAGCCCGAGCAGGCAGUCGCGAAGCCGUUUCCGGCUGUGUUCCAGCAGCAGGUGGAUCUGUGCCGCCCGCUGGCAGAGCCUACAGAACGCAAAAGAUCCCUCCUGUGCAUGAAAAGGUCCUUGGCCCAGUUUGAGAAAGACUUUUCAUCUGACAGCGAGAAAGAAGGGCUGCAGCCAGGCACCCCUCCGCAGUCCUUCCCGUCACCUUCUCUCAGCACGGACGCUGGUUCUCAGGCCAAGCACCCCAGAAUCUUGAAAGGGUGCUUGGGUUUCGCAGACUUCUCCGGUCCCAACCAACCACAGUCCGUAGCUUAUGAAAACACCCCAGGAAACCAUACGUAUGGGAAGCCGCUGGAGAGUGACUGUCCCCCUUUGACCACGACAGAGAAGAACAAGGCUUGCGCUAAAGGGUCUGGAAGCAGAGGCCAUUCUCGCAGCGGGCGGCCCCGCCGGAAGGAGAAGCUGAAGUUUGACGUCUCUUCCGUGGCUUCUCCCAGUCAAGUGGCCAUGGCAUCUUUUUCUUUACCUAGCCCUUCCUUCAACAGUGAGGCGGGAGCAAAACCAAAGAUGACCAUUUUCAACAGGAUUCAGGGUGGAAAUAUCUACAGCUUUACUAAUGCAGUGAGGGAAGAACACAUUCCCCCUGGAUGCAUUUCUGCCAUCGGGAGUAAGUCUGGAGGAGGCCCCGGAGGCAGGAGUCAGCAUGAAAACAGUUUUGUUUGCAGGACCUGCGGCCAGCUGUUCUGUACGGAGCGAGGACUGAACAGCCACAGGUGUUUCUUCAGCGAGCAGUGGCAGGCUUUUUCAGAGAAGGUAAAAGAGAAAUCGGAUUCAGACCCCCAAAAACUGUCCUCCAAGCCAGCAGGGGAUGGAGAUGUAUCUCCUGGAACCAAAAGAUCUCUGGAUGAUGGAGCUGCCACUGUCCCUCUGGUCAUGCCCGUCUCAGUGCCCGUCACAGCAGCAAACCAGCAGCAAGAGAACAAAGUUGAUGAGAAGGAAACUCAGGACGAUGACGGUCUUCAAGAAGGUGUUCCGCAAAAGAAGAGGAAGAGACGGAAUCGUCCAAAGUCGCUGUUCAUUCCGCCUCCGGCCCCAACCUGCAAUGAGAUACAGGCUGGCACUGGAGGAUGCUACCAGAGUAACCUUCGCUCGACUGUCUUCCUGAUGGACUACCUGCUGCAGGGCUUGGUCCAGUGUUCUCUUUACACGCCUCCUCCCAUGCUCAGCCCUAUCCGCGAGGGCUCGGGGCUGUACUUCAACACGCUGUGUUCUUCCUCUGCAAACACCGGUUCCUCCAAAAUAUACCCCUCUGUCCUAGAUGGCAUGGAUGGAUCCCUUUUGUUCUCUCUUGUGAAAGAUACCACCCAAAUCAGUAUUGAACCGCAUAUCAACAUUGGAAGUCGUUUUCAAGCAGAAAUACCUGACCUGCAAGAUGUGUCAUCCUUGGAUAAUUAUGAACAUCCAGCUUCUUUAGUGUGGAAGCCAUGGGGAGACAUCACAACCAACAAGGAAACACAGAAAAGAGUAACAGAUCUAUUAAAAUUGGCCUGCUCCAGCGCAAUGCCAGGGGGAGGAACCAACAUAGAACUAGCCAUGCACUGUCUUCAUGAGGCCCAAGGAAAUAUUUUGGAGGCGCUAGAGAUGCUGUUACUCCAAGGACCGCAGAAGCCACCUUGCCAUCCCCUCUCUGACUAUCAUUAUUCAGGUUCACAUUUGUGGACUCCUGCUGAGAAACAGCUGUUUAGGAAGGCCUUUAGCGUGCACAGGAAGGACUUUUACCAGAUACAGAAGAAGAUACAAACUAAGACGGUUUCCCAAUGUGUUGAAUACUACUAUAGCUGGAAAAAAAUAUUAAAAUUCGACUGCAGUCGAUCACAAGUGGUAGAAAAGAGGUCCAAGAGAGAACAGGAUGAGGUAGAGAUGGAAGAAGAAAAGACUGCGUGCAGCCCAAAGAAAAGACACUGCCCCCUGCCCAAACAGGAGUGCAAGCUGAAAUCGAAGACCUGCAAAAAAGCCGCACAGAGCUCCUUCUGUCCAGCCAGCAGCCUGAAGGAAACUCCAGACAGGCCCAAGAAUGCAGGCAGUCAGGGGGUAUUUCCAUGUAAAGAAUGUGCAAGAGUGUUUGACAAGAUCAAAAGCCGGAAUGCUCACAUGAAGCGCCAUCGCUUGCAAGAGCAGAUGGAUCCGAUUAUGAAGAUCAAAUGGCAUCUGAAGAACGAGCCAAAGAAGGAAGAAAGAAACGCUGACUUUCUCCAGUGGUAACUGGGAAGAUGCCGUCCCGGCUCGCUCCGCAGGCUGGGGCUGAGGAACCUCAUCUCCUUGAAGCGCGGGUCCAAGAACGAAGCCACCACCGCC